AUGAAAACGUGGACAGACCGCGAGUCUGGAAGCCUUGAAAAGACCCAAGUGGACCGAUCCCUUUCCCCCAAGGGGAACAUUUACAGAAGAGACAAAAUCUUUUCUGGUCACAUGCGGUUCCGGAGUUCGGGCGCGGCAGGCAAAUCAGUGAUCAGGCCCAUCCACGCCCGGGGCUGCCGAGGUGCUGAUUGGUGGGACAUUCCUGAUUGACGCUGCGACACCGUCAUAGCGACCCGCCCCCAUUAUUUUCUCCUUCCAAUCCAGCUCCUUCCCGGAUUGAGCUCAUGACGCAGCCUCCCCCAAAUUUCAAAAGGUGGAAG